AUGACUGUCGAACAAUCUACCGAUGCAAAAUGUCUUACCCUAGACUCCAUCAUUCGGGGACUUGCCGGGAAUACCCAGACCAUUUUGUCAUACGUAACCACCAAUGAUGACUUUGCAAACUUCACUGGGUCCGAUAUUGAGCGGCUCACGACUAUUGGAGCCAAUGGCUACCUUCAGGCUCUCAAGGGACAGAAGGACUUUGACCUCAAGACUGCUAAGUCGAAGGGUGUCAUAGCCUUGAUUGGCACGUCAACGCUUGAAUAUUACAUUACUUUCUUGUCCAUACAACGACUUGGCUUCACGACAGUCCUUUUAUCACCAAAGCUUACUCAUGAGGGCGUCGCUCAUCUUCUUGAUGUCACAGAAUGCUGUGCUGCAAUUGUACCAGAAUCGCACAGAACCAUGUUUGAUAAGAUACCUCUCUGCACUGUACCCAUGAUACGGGACGUCUUUGCAUUGGACAGUCAAGAAUACAGUUCCAUCCCUGAACUGGAAUGUCACAGCCUAGAUCAAACCCCAGGCGUUGUGGUUCACAGCGGAGGCACUACAUCAGGGCUACCAAAGCCGAUAUCAGCGCCCUCAGGGGCAUGGAUUGCAGCCGUUGCAGGGACAGACGCAAAAAGCCAUCGUCUUCAUACGCUCCCCACUUUCAACACGAUGCCUCUUUACCACACCUUUGGACUAGGCGUACUGUUUCGUGCUCUCAGAAUGGGUACCCGUGUUUCUCUUGUCAAUGCAGAUCGACCGCUUGUUGCAGAGGCCAUAUUCAAGGGCCUCGGCGCUACAAAGUCGCGGUGUCUCACGACAGUGCCUUACGUUCUCAAGUUUCUCGCUGAAGAGGACGGCGGCGUUGAGAAGCUGGCAAAGCUUGACUUUCUCAGUGUUGGUGGUGCCGCUGUACCUGAUGACCUGGGACAGAGCCUCAUCGAUGCUGGAGUCAACCUCAAGACCACCUAUGGCCAAUCUGAGUCUGGCAUCCUGAUGCUUCCUGUUCUUGACGAUGAUAAGCAAUGGGGUUGGCUGGAGCCGAUGGAGCAUGCUGAGCCAUUCAUGAGGUUCGAACCAGCUGAAGGGGAUCUUUAUCACCUGGUGAUCCUGCCUGGCCUUGCCUCCAAAACCAUGACUGAUCGUCCUGAUGGAUCUUAUGGCACCAAGGAUCUAUUCGAGAAACACCCUCAUAAGCCUCGACUGUGGAAGUUUGUCGCCAGACACGACGACAUGAUUGUCCUAAGUAAUGGAGAGAAUGCGAAUCCAGUACCCUUGGAGAGCGCCUUGAUGAACAAUCCCAAUGUUGCUAUGGCUGUAGCCUUUGGUGCUGGACAAGAGUCUCUGGGUGUCAUCAUAAUCCCAUCUUCGCACGCUUCCAACUUGGUGCAUGAAGAUUUGCUCAAGAGCGUUGAGCCGGACCUCAAUCUGGGCAAUGAACGCAUGCCAGCAUAUGCUAGGGUAUCACUCGACGCUGUUACCAUCCUACCUGCGGAUACAGAGCUACCUAUGACGGGGAAGUCAACACUACAACGAGCCCUGUUCUAUCGCCAGUUCUCUACUAUUAUCAGUGGCUACUACUCCAAUGGUGGCGUUCAAAACGGUGUCGGAACCCUUCCAGAGCAGUCAUUUAAUGAUGCCGAGAUCUCCAGUAUUGUACAUGAAAUAGUUUUCCAUCAUCAUCCUCCUAUGAAGGACCAAAGCGAUGCAGACUUCUUCACGAUGGGCAUGGACUCACUUCAAGCAUCCCGAAUUCGAGCAGAGAUCUUGCGGAGGAUAUACAUCAAGCCAGAGAAAGUGGCUACCAACGUGGUUUUCAAUCAUCCGAAUCUUUCUCUUUUAUCCCAUCAUAUCGUUUCUUUGUACACAGGACGACAGGGCUCAAUGGCAGUUGAUCCACAAGAAAUAGCUCGAAGCUUGAUUCGAAAGUAUACUUGUUUCACUACUAAAGAAGGAACUGGCAAGCGCGACAUGAGUUCGGUUCCUGAAGCCAGCACGAUUGUAUGUAUAUACCUGCUGCUGAUUCCCAAUCUACUCUCACUCUUCUGUGUUUUAACCCUACUGACCGUCAUCUUCUCAUUUCAACAGCUACUCACUGGCGCUACUGGCUACCUCGGCGUCCAGAUCCUCCACAACCUUCUAUCACGUGGACCAAAAGACCAUGUCUACUGUCUUGUACGAGCAAGGGAUAACGCAGAAGCCGAGUCGAGGCUAGACCAAGCACUGGCCAACUCAAAGCUGACGCUGCCCAAGUCAAUCCGAGAAAAGGCAGUCGCUCUGGCUGGCGACCUGGGUCGCGAUAAACUUGGACUAAAUCCUGAUGACUAUGGCGCCUUGCUCUGUAGCGUUACCAAUAUUAUUCACAAUGCCUGGGCGGUCAACUUCAGCAUGUCUUUGAGCAGCUUCGAACCCCAGCUAGCAGGUGUAUGGCACUUGAUCGAAUUGGCACUGAGCGCUCCACAAACCCCAGAAGUUGUGUUUAUCUCAAGUAUUGUUGCUGUUGCUUCAGCAAACCCACCUGCGCAGUCUUCAGCAAGCUGUGAACCGACCCAGUGGGAGGGCAGCAUCAUGGAACGUCGGUAUGGUUGGGAAGCUGUAGGCUCCUUAGGCUAUGGUCAAUCGAAAUGGGUAGCUGAGGAAAUUUGCUACUCUGCUUCGGAACAUACUGGACUGCCGGUCAAAGUCAUUCGGUUGGGGCAGAUAUCUGGUGAUACACACCACGGUAUAUGGAACCCGUCCGAGGCAGUACCUACUAUCAUUCUGAGUGCCCUCACAGCGGGGGCGCUGCCUCGGAUUGAAGCCGACAAUGUGUUUAGGGUUGGCGAUGCGCAGCUAUGGAUCCCCUCGGAUGUUGCGGCAGCAUCCAUCGUUGAGCUGACGUUCUCUGAGGUGGGGGAAUGUAUCCCGUCUUCUGGUCCUGAUGAAGCUUCCUCGCAAUCCAAUAUCCUAGAGCAUCAGAAGACUAUCCCUUACACUGUCUUCCAUGUUUCUGGUUCUCACCCGGCAAGCUGGAAUGCAGAAAUCUUACCCUCGCUGAGAAACUUUGGUUUAGAAUUCGAGGUUGUUUCUCAAAGUGCUUGGGUGGAUAAGCUGGCAUCUUCAGACCCCGAUGUCAGCCGAAAUCCACCUUACAAACUGAUCGAGUUCUUCAAGGGCAGCACCCAAGUUGAAGAUCAAUUGCAUGCUGUUGACACAAAGGCGUCAUCCGUACAAGUGCACUUGGACAUCAGUCUAGCAUCGAAGUAUGCCCCCAGCCUUGCUCAGGCUGGUAGCUUGGAUGAGACUUUGAUGAGAAAGUACUUGGAAUACUGGAAGAAAGAGUCAUGGCAGAAACUCGAAAGGAAUUUGGUGAUGGAUGGGCAUAAGAAGGAGAUGGGUUCUUUGUAG